AUGGAUGCGGCUGCGCCCCAGAAAUAUGCAAUGCUGGGUCAGUCGGCUGUUGAAGGCCACCACCGCCGUGUCCACAGCCUGCAGUGCGUUGAAUUUCCCACCCCUGGGAGGCCUUGUAUCCUGGGGACACAAUGUCAGAAUCGCCAGUCACACCAAUUCAGCCUAGGUACAGUGCACCAGAGUCGCACAGCGAGUCGGAGGCCCUUGGCCAUGCAGGGGUACCUCUGGAGCUGCACUAUUGAGGUAACGUGCCGUGUGCACAAUAGAUCAGCUAAGAAAGGGAUCGCGAACCCUGACGAUGUGACAGUUCGCCUAAUGAAUUGCUAA